GUCACAUCGAUCAACCACCAAGCAAUGCCCUCACCAACUCGCUCAUCGCAUGGAGCAGAGUCUCCCUCGGCGCCCAGCUCAAGCCGCCAUCACCGCAGCCGUCACAGCCAUUCACACCGCCACCGACCCAGAGACAGCUCGCGCUCGCGCUCUCCGCACCGAUCAGACCGACACAGAUCAGACCGUCAUCGCCGACAUGGCCAAGAUAAAGAACGCGGACGCAACGAACGACAUCGCAGAGACACUCCCGCGCAACCCGUAGUCCUCCCACUCCAAGCGCGCGAGCUUUCCCGACGCGACUUAGAAGCAUACAAGCCAAUGUUCGGCAUGUAUCUAGAUAUCCAGAAAGGAAAAUUUAUCGAGGAUAUGGACGAGGAAGAGGUCAAGGGAAGAUGGAAGAGCUUUGUGCAAAAAUGGAACCGUGGAGAACUCGCUGAGGGAUGGUAUGAUCCUGCUACACUCGAACGGGCGCGUCAGAGUGUAGAGGAACGGGCACCUGCUGGCCCUCUAGGCCAGCGUGAUUCGCCUGAUUAUGCGCAGGGUGAGCGAGAGGGCGGUGAUGUCCCGCGGGAUGAGCCAGAAGACGAUGAAGACGACGACGAGUACGGGCCUGCACUUCCGCGCGCUGGAUCGGGAAGAAGCGGUGCGCAUUUGGGACCUACGAUCCCGAAUAUGCAAGAUCUCGAGCUGAAAAGAGAAUCUGCCAUUGAAGAUGCACAAGCUGCCCGUGGCGAAUCACGCGAACAAUAUCAGGCAGAAAUGCGUUCGCACAAAGCUGCAACGCGUCAUCUUGAAGAUGAGAUUGCGCCGCGGGCUGAGGCCGGUACUCGGGAACGGCAGCUAGAGAAGCGCCGGGAAGUUGCUGCAAGCAAUCGCGCAUUUGCAAGUCAGCGAGGUGGCUCGCCAGAGGCUGCUCCGGAGGAAGACCUCAUGGGCGGAGACAAUGACUUGUCUGCGUUGAAACGCGAGAAGGAGAACAACCAGCGCAAGAAGAACGAGCGCGAGAUCCGGAGGGAGGAGAUCCUUCGUGCUCGUCAAGCGGAGCGAGAGGAGCGGAUAGAGCAGUAUCGACAGAAGGAGUCGGAAACCAUGAGUUUCUUGCAGGCUCUUGCGAAGCAGCGAUAUGGCUAGGAUAGAGAAAGGACGGGGAGGAUAUAUGGACACUAUCUAUGUCAAAAUACCCAAUACGACUUGUAUACUUUCC